UCACUGACUCUGAUUGUUGAUGUUGGUCGUCGCAGUAACACUGCCGCAACCUGUCUGCCUUUAACGUGAGAUAACUGUGCUUUUGGGUAUCAGUGAUAACCUGGUCACCGUCCAUCAUUCACAUAUUUUGCACGUAGGAAGAAGAAGAAAAAGGAGGCUUGCAAAGAAACCGGUCUUUGAUUAAAGUGACUAAAGUUCAGUUCCUCAUACUUUGUAACCCAGAGUGGACACCUUUUCAGUUCACCAGGAUCAGUCGUGGUUGGGAGGAUAACCUAGAAUACGAAUACGCAAGUAGUGGUGGUCAUAAAAAAGUGGGCAUCUCAAAAAUCGGAGUUUCUUGGACUAUUUUCUGACAAAAAAAAAUCAAAAGUGAUUCGUCGUGUUGACAUUAAGUCGGAUUACACACGCACACAACACUACUCCCUCGUAGAAUAGAUAUCAAAUUCAAAAUGAACAAAAGACUUGGCCUGACCCUCUUCGUGACCUUGUGCAUCGUGGCAUGUGCAUUCGCCGGACCAACUCAGACCGGAAACAAAGUUCGCAGAUUAAAAUCGAAAAGUCCUGUUUUCACUGAAAAAUCCUCCUCUUCCCAAACUCAAAAUGUGAAUCCAAAGGACAACGAAGUUCAAUUUGACACGACCCGAGCGCUCAUCAAGACGGCCAAAGCCUUGGCUCGCUCUCACUCGACGUCUGAAGUGCUCACCCUCAAUCUGACGAACCUUUUGAUUCUCGUUGUGCUCAAAGCCAUCAUCUUUGGCAUCGGGUUGUUCUACUUUGGUGGAGUGAGUUUCAAGGGAGGUCACGACCACGGUCAUGGGUGGGGCCGUUCCCUGGAGGGCAAAGAGAACCCAUCCUCCAUCAUGACCCAGAGUGAACUCCUCCUCAUGCUCACCUACGUCUUGGGGUCCUCCACAGACAACUACGACUGCAUGUACCGAGUAGCCUGUGAGGAUCCGGCUAAGGCCAAGGACUACUUGAAUGCUUCCAACAUGCUGCUUAAGGGUGCCAAAUAUGCUAAAAAAUUCUUGUCGUACAACCCCAAAUACGAGGAUGUCGUGAGAGGACUUCAUGAUGCCGUCGCCCACAAGAAAAAUGGCGGAGAGUGCAGGGCCCGAUAUACCUGUUCGGAUGUCCCCAAUUUGUAAUCAUCAGGCUGACUAGCACUUAAUAAGAAGAAAACGUCAAUGUUCUGAGACACUACCAGUGCGAUUGCUUACUCAAAAUUCAAAAUGUUUCCAGACAAAAUUUCCAUAUUACGGGCCUCCAUUAUAUAAGUAGUUAGUAAAAGUGUGGGAUGAAUGUAAUUGUUGAUUCAUAUCUUUUAAUUCAAGAAAAUUUAAGUAGCUUAAUGAUCACGUAAGCAUAAAAUUAUUUCUCCUCUUAAAUACUGCGUUAAGUUUACGAGAACUAUUUUUAUGAAUACUGGGGAACGAUUUUGGUUUGGGGUCCUAUUAUUAUUACACUAUUCCCUACCUCUCUUUUUCUUUGAAGCCAGUUACAAUACAACAUUGUGUGAGAUUUGUUUGUGCUUUUCAAAAUGCCAUGGGCCUGCCUCCGAGGUCAUUAAUCAUAUUCUAUGUACGUGUACGAAGAGGUGAAAGUCAACACAAGUAUUUUACACCAUGCAUGCAGUCUCCACCUUCUAAAUAAGAAAUGCAAUUUUUCAAAGUCACAAUUGUCCAGAGCACACAAUCUUUUCUCCCAGAAAAAUUAUUGCAAACCUAAAACACCUCGAAAUUGUUCCACGUUUUUGUUCAUUGUUGUUAUCUGUUGAUUUUUGUAUCUAUUUAUGAAAUUUAUUUUUGUACCUUUGUUUUGUUGUAAUUUAUCUCUGACACAUUGACCUGGACACAAUUUGCUUUAUUACACUUGCACCAAAAAACGAGAAACAAGAGAAAAUUUACAGAUUUAAAUUGCAAAAUAAUAACAUUGUUAUUCGGUUGUGAAAGCUCAAGUAAUUCUGUUGACCGUAAAUGAUAAAUAAUGAUAAUGUAUUCUUCAACUCCAUACUUUGUACAAAGGACGUUGUGUUAAAAUGCUAAAAAUAAAAAAAAACAUGAGUUUAAAAAUU